CACAUCCAACAUGGCGUUUCCCGUGCGGACUAAUGUAAAGCGUUUAUUUAGAUUCAUUCAGACUUUUAACUCUCCUGAAAGGUUCCUCUGCACAGAAGUGUGUCCGGAAAAUAAGAAGCCUCCAGGAAGUAGUCGUGUGUUUUCAGGGAUCCAGCCAACUGGAGUUCCUCACUUGGGCAACUACUUGGGUGCUCUGGAGAACUGGGUGUCCCUGCAGGACCAGUACCCGUCGGUGCUGUACAGCAUCGUGGACCUGCACUCCAUCACCCAGCCCCAGGACCCGGCUCUGCUCCGGAGCCACAUCAGGGACAUGGCAGCCAGCCUGCUGGCCUGUGGGAUUGACCCGGAGAAGGCCGUCCUCUUCCAGCAGUCCCAGGUGCCGGAGCACGUAGAGCUGUCCUGGAUCCUCGGCUGCCUCACCAGCAUGCCCCGCCUGAGACACCUCCCGCAGUGGAAGAUGAAGAGCAAGCAGAAGAGCGAAGGCAGCGUCGGCCUCUACACGUAUCCCGUCCUUCAGGCUGCCGAUAUUCUCCUUUACAAGUCCACGCACGUCCCCGUCGGAGAGGACCAGGUCCAGCACCUGGAGCUGGCUCAGGAUCUGGCCCGCAUCUUCAACCACCACUACGGAGAUCUGUUCCCGGAGCCACGAGCGCUGCUGAGUUCUACAAGAAAGGUGAAAUCCCUGCGUGACCCCUCGGCCAAAAUGUCCAAAUCCGACUCUCAAAAGAUGGCUACCAUCACCAUCACCGACUCUCCCGAAGACAUCGCCCUCAAGAUCCGCCGCGCCGUCACGGACUUCACCUCCGAGGUGACCUUUGACCCCGAGACGCGGCCGGGCGUGUCCAACCUGGUGACGAUCCACGCCGCCGUGGCGGCGGUGAGCGUGGAGGAGGCCGUGGCGGCGGCCCGGGGGCUGGACACGGCCGCCUACAAGGGACUCGUGAGCGAGGCCGUGAUCCAGAGGCUGACCCCCAUCAGAGAGGAGAUCGAGCGGCUGAGGUCGGACCCCGCUCACCUGGAGAGGCUGCUGGCGGAGGGGACGCUGAAGGCCCGGGAGUUGGCCGCACCUGUGCUCGCUCAGGUCCGGCACAGAGUGGGCUUCUGCUGAGUGGCAGCACGGCUGGAAAAUAACGUCACUUUCAUACCGCAGGACAUUAAAGCUGCGUAUUUAACUGCUGCUAAUGUGAAGUUUUAUUCCAGUGACUGUUCUCUCUUAGGUUAUUCUGGGGUUUACCUCAUUCAAUAAGAAAAUGUGUUGAAAGCAACAUGGAAGCGACUGGGCUGCAGAGUGAUGUGGUUCAGACUGAAACCGCAGGUCACCUACAUUUGUCCCUUUGCCAUGAAUGAAGAAGCUGCGUCUGUCGAUGCGCUGGCCUUCUGUCCUGUAUGCACUUAGUUUAUUUAUGUUUCUCUAAAUGCUGUUGUAUGUUUUCUUUCAAAAUACUACAAAAGGCAUCCUUUUGAUAUUCUUUAUAGCAGAUUAUUUCAUCAUUUUUAUUUCCCUCCAUGUUUUUUCCAGCCAAGCUAAUAAAAACAUCUGAAAAACACAACGAAGAAAUUAUUUAAAUGAAAUCUUUAUUGAGGUUCAACAGUCAUGUGCAGCAUCAGGAAAGAAAUUGAAACUCAUUUUGACUUUUGAGUGAGAUUUCUGUCACAUCUUCCACAGUCUGCUUUUCAGAGUUAAUCCAGAGACUGUGGAUUUUUAAUAAACAGUAGACUAACGAGGAUCAUUUCCAGAGUAAGCCAUGAUAUUUUCCUACACCUAACUAAGUUUUUUUGUGCUACUAAACCUAUCUAAAGUAAGUGAAGGUUAAUAAGAAAAACAAACAAACCCUCUC